GACCAAGGGAGGGAGCAGUAGGGAGGAGGAGAGCCAAGCGAUGGAAGAAGAAGCAGAGGAGGACGAGAACCUGCCGCCGGGGGAAGAGCAGGGGAUGCGGGACAGCCUGCUCGGGGGAGCCCCGGAAGGGUCUGCGGUGCCAGCCGAGGUGCCCGUGCCAGGGAAGCGAGAGGAAGACGUGAGGGGUCGGGUGCCCGACGGAGGCUUCGGCUGGGUCGUAGUGCUGGCAGCCACCUGGUGCAGCGGCUCCAUCUUCGGCAUCCAAAACUCGUUCGGGAUUCUGUAUGUGAUCCUCCAGGAGGAGAUGGAUGGCAGCACCAAGGGACAGGGCAUGGACUUCAGGACAGCUUGGGUUGGAUCGCUAGCCAUGGGAAUGAUCUUUUUCUGCUCUCCGAUUGUGAGCAUCUUCACCGACAGACUCGGCUGCAGGAAGACAUCAUCUGGAGGGGCUGCCCUUGCAUUCAUCGGAUUGUUAUCAAGCUCCUUCACAAAGUCCCUUGGAGUUCGUUAUUUCACUUAUGGAAUCCUUUUUGGCUGUGGUUGCUCCUUUGCUUUCCAGCCCUCCUUGGUCAUUCUCGGUCACUACUUCAAGAAACGCCUUGGUCUAGUAAAUGGCAUUGUGGCUGGUGGCAGCUGUGUGUUCACUAUGUGCCUUCCAUUUUUACUGAAGAUGAUGGGAAGAGCCAUUGGCCUUGCGCACACCUUCCAGGUGCUUAGCGUGUUCAUGUUUAUCCAGAUUUUCCUUUCCCUCACAUUCAAGCCACGUCUUCCUCCUCCAAUCGAUUUCAGCAAAGAGAAGGAAAAGGUGGCCGGGAAGAGCAAGGUCCAGCAGUGUCUGGCACACACACGUAAAUACUUUAAUAUGCAAGUGUUUCGGAAGAAAACCUACACAAUAUGGGCGUUUGGCAUAGCCACUACAGUUCUUGGUUAUUUUGUUCCCUAUGUCCAUCUGAUCAAGUUUGUAGAGCAGAGAUUUCAAGAGAACACAAAGGAAUGGGUCUUGCUAGUUUGUAUAGGAGCCACAUCUGGAAUUGGGCGCCUUGCUUCUGGAAGGAUUGGAGACUGUAUCCCUGGUCUAAAGAAGAUUUACUUACAGGUGGCCUCCUUCUUGCUGCUUGGAAUAUUGAGCAUGAUGUUACCUCUGUGCAGAGUGUUUGAGAGUGUCAUUGUGGUAUGCUUAUUCCUGGGACUGUGUGAUGGCUUUCUAAUCAGUAUGAUGAGCCCUAUUGCCUUUGAGUUAGUGGGACCCAUGCAGGCCUCCCAAGCCAUUGGUUACGUCCUUGGACUCAUGUCUAUCCCGAUGACUGCUGGACCACCUAUUGCAGGCCUCUUACGUGAUUACUAUGGGAGCUAUGACCUUGCAUUCUAUCUGGCUGGCAUCCCACCGCUGAUUGGAGCUCUGGUCCUUUUGUCUGUACCACUGCUCCAUGAGAGAGACCUGAAGAAGAAACGACAGAUGGAGGAAGAGAAAGAGAAAACACAGGACAGUGUGGUGAAUGGAGAGCUUCUGCCUGGGAGCCCAGUAACAGAUGAAUGUGUGUAGCCCAGUUUAUAUCCACAACCCACAAGGCAUCGCGCAUAUGUAAGCCACCUCUGGGCUACAAAGAACUAUUGGAGUACAGUGCUAUAUCUCAUUCCAUAUUUCACAUCCUUGAUCUGGUUGGCACUGGAAUAUAGAGGGACUCUGGUUGAAAGGCAGUUCAAUGGGGUGCCAAACGUCUAAAAUGUAAAAGUAACCGUUAUGAAUGUAUGUACAAACACAUCUUCACUACAGUAGAUAUGUGUACCCAUGCAUACUAACAUAGACACAUACACAUACAUAAGGACAUCCGCCGCUACAAAAAGCGUUGAGAGUGUUUGUGCAGCACUACUUUGUCUUUGUCAGAUCUUAGUGCUUGUGACUCUCUGCUCUCUUUGUGCAUAUAUGUACAUAGAGUACAGAUAUGAGUUUGUAUGUAUCAGCACCUGUUUGAGUGUAUCUCAGACAUAAGUAAACCAGAACUGGAAAAGGUAUUUGCAGCA